UAAGUCGUGUAAUUGGCCGAGGAGUUCCGAGUAUAAGUGGCAGACGGUGCCCUACACUUUGGAAUAACCAUUAAAUGUUCUAUAUUAGUUAUCUGGUAUAUAAUCAUAUCACAAAAGAGGAAGUGGUCUACCCAGGAUAUUAUAAGAAGAAAUGGCAAGGGCUCUAAGAUCCAUUUCCAUAUUCUCCUGACUGGCAUGCAAGUCCUUCACCAUGUUCCACGCCCCGUCUCUGCUACGUCAGUGUCACAGACAGCUAGGCCUACACAUCCCCGAGGCCUACACAUCAACUUAUUCAUGUAUGUGGAGACUGUUUAAGAAACAUUUCUUGGCAUACAAUGGACAGAGAAGAUUACUUCAUUUCACAGGUACAGCUGGAAAAUAUAAAUCUCCUACGAAGACAUUAGUGAGCAGUGUCCUUGGUGAACUAAGGGAAAUGGACCCAAAUGUAAAAUCUCUGUAUGAGGGACUGUUGGAAGGCAAUCGGGCCAGUUUGGCAAAGGCCAUAACUCUUGUUGAGUCUGUUCAUCCAACACACCGAGAACAGGCCCAGGUUUUGUUGACAAAAAUAUUACAUCAUCAGAGAAAGCAGCAGAAGCACGCUUUAAAGGAUUCUACUUUUAGAAUAGGACUAACAGGCCCACCUGGUGCAGGGAAAAGCACGUUCAUUGAAUCUUUUGGCAAGUUUCUUACAGAUCAAGGUCAUCAUGUGGCUGUUCUAGCAGUGGAUCCAUCAUCUUCAACAACAGGAGGAUCAUUGCUGGGUGACAAGACUCGAAUGCCCGAGUUGUCACGUGACGAGAAGGCCUACAUUCGACCCUCGCCUGCCUGCGGUUCUCUCGGUGGCGUCACUCGGACAACCAACGAGGCAGUUGUCCUGUGUGAAGGAGGCGGGUACAACAUGAUACUGAUCGAAACAGUCGGUGUUGGCCAGUCUGAGUUUGUCGUAGCGGACAUGGUGGACCUGUUCUGCCUAAUUAUACCUCCAGCUGGUGGAGAUGAAUUACAAGCAAUUAAGAAAGGCAUCAUUGAAGUGGCAGAUAUAGUUGUUAUAAAUAAAAGUGAUGGUGAUCUUGUGCCAGCUGCCCGGAGGAUAAAAGCAGAAUAUACCAGUGCUCUCAAGUUCAUGAGGCGACGAUACAAAGACUGGAGACCUCAGGUGUGCAGGGUCUCAUCUAUCACCAAGGAGGGUCUGCCUGAUGUGUAUACCAAAAUGAACAGCUUCAAGGACACAAUGGUAAAAUCAGGAGAGUUUGCAACGAAGAGACAAAAGCAGCUCAAAGUGUGGAUGUGGAACCACUUGCAGCAAGAUGUGAUGAACCGAUUCAGAUCCAGUCCAUAUGUCCAGCAGAAACUGCCAGAGUUAGAAGAACUUGUCAUGAGAGGGGUCAUCACACCUGGGUUUGCGGCAGACCUCUUGCUGAAAGCCUUUGACAAACAGUCAUGAGGUCACUUUUUGAAAAAUAGAUGACAAAACCCCUGGAUUAAUUCUGGAUAGUGAAGUAAGGCAGUACAUAGCCUGAAAUAAGUGAAAUGGCAGUACAAAAUGAAUCAUUAAAAUAAGUGGCGUUGCAGUACAAAAUGAAUCAUUAAAAUAAGUGGCCUUGCAGUA